AUGCGUGAGAUUAUUCACCUCCAAACCGGCCAAUGUGGCAAUCAAGUUGGAUCGGCCUUUUGGCAGACCAUCUCCGGGGAACACGGUCUCGACGGAGACGGAGUGUACCAUGGCGAUUCGGACUUGCAGCUGGAGCGGAUGAACGUGUAUUUCAACGAGGCCGGUAACAUGAAAUUCGUCCCGCGCGCGGUCCUCGUCGACUUGGAACCCGGCACGAUGGAUGCCAUCCGCUCCAGCCCUAACGGCGGCCUCUUCCGACCGGAUAACUUCAUCUUCGGUCAGUCGGGCGCCGGCAACAACUGGGCGAAAGGCCACUAUACCGAAGGAGCGGAAUUGGUGGACCAGGUGGUGGACGUCGUCCGUCGCGAAGCCGAGGGCUGCGAUUCUCUGCAGGGCUUUCAAAUCACGCACUCGCUCGGCGGUGGAACGGGCGCCGGCAUGGGAACGCUGCUCAUCUCCAAGAUCCGCGAGGAGUUCCCGGACCGCAUGAUGGCCACCUUCUCCGUCAUGCCGUCGCCCAAAGUGUCGGAUACGGUGGUGGAGCCCUACAACGCGACCCUCUCGGUGCACCAGCUAGUGGAGCAUGCCGACGAGACCUUCUGUAUCGAUAACGAGGCGCUCUACGAUAUCUGCACGCGCACCUUGAAGCUGUCGUCGCCCGCGUACGGCGACCUCAAUCAUCUGAUCUCGACGGUCAUGUCGGGCAUCACGGUUAGCCUGCGAUUCCCCGGCCAGUUGAAUUCUGAUCUGCGGAAACUGGCCGUGAACAUGAUUCCUUUCCCGCGUCUGCAUUUCUUUAUGGUGGGCUUUGCCCCGUUGACUAGCCGAGGGUCCCACUCCUUCCGCGCGGUAACGGUGCCCCAAUUGACCCAGCAGAUGUUCGAUACUAAGAACAUGAUGACCGCUUGUGAUUAUCACAACGGCCGCUUCUUGACCUGCUCCGCUCUCUUCCGCGGCAAGGUGUCGAUGAAAGAAGUGGAGGAUCAGAUGCGCAACGUGCAGAGUCGCAACUCGGCCUACUUUGUCGAGUGGAUCCCCAACAACGUGCAAACGGCGCUCUGCUCGGUGCCCCCGCGCGGACUGAAAAUGUCGGCGACCUUCGUGGGCAAUUCCACCUCCAUCCAGGAGCUGUUCCGGCGGGUCGGGGCGCAGUUCACGGCCAUGUUCCGUCGCAAGGCGUUCUUGCACUGGUACACGGGCGAGGGCAUGGACGAGAUGGAGUUCACCGAGGCGGAAAGCAACAUGAACGAUCUCAUGUCGGAAUACCAACAAUACCAAGAGGCCAGCAUCUCAGAUGGAGAGGACCAGUACGUGGAGGAGGCAUUCGAGGGCGAGGAGUAG